GCGAGACAGACGCACAUUUCAAAUCGUCCCUUACUUGGUUUAACUCUCUUCGUAAUGAACAAAUUGGCCUCGUUGUUUGGUCAAGUUUAUCAGUUCCGCUAAGCAUAAUUUCCGAUAUGCACGUAUUACCUAGCCUUUUGCCAAUGGAUUAGGCCCAUUGAAUGUGGCUAGCCCACAAAAACACUUCUUAUUCAGUAUCCGUUCCGUAAAAUAAGUUUUUGUAAGAAAGAUAAAGGUUCUGUGGACUCUUUAUUAAACAGUUUUUUUUUUACUUGAGAAGACUUUUCCUGUGUUUCCAAAAACAAAAAAAAACAAUAACAAAAAAUGGUUUCCGUUAUGAAUUUACUGCACGGAGACAGACGCACGAUCCACGUCUCUGCACCUAACACAUUGAACCCUUAUCCAACUUCACUCACGUCAAUAACCCAACAUGUUGGUCCGGGCCUUGGGAGCCCCACCAUACAACGGACACCGUUUGCCAUUCAAGAGCUACUGGGCCUCGACAACCAAAGAGAAAACUCCCCCUCUUCUCACCGAUCUGCAUCGGCAAGGUUAACAGCACCGACGCCAGUAACUGGACCAACAUGCCCCACGUUUCAACCCAGAGGCCUCGGCACCCAGCCCGGUCCACCCCACUGUUUCCCUGAUCCCGGCCGCAUGUACUUCGGUCCAGCUGCUUUCAUGCCUACUAUGUCCGUCCCGUCUGGAAUGACCGGGGUUACGGGGCUUCACGGAGUUACUGGAGUGCCCAGAGUGACACCAAUAUCAAGUUGCAUGCCUAUGUUGACCCUUGAUCAACCGACAACAGGGACUCGUCAACACAGUACAACAGAUUCCUUUGGCAGUACGACUUUUCCACCCCAUCUAGUAUUUGUCAUGAACCAGAAGAACAGAAGUACGUAUUGCCCUUAUUGGAGUAAAGAAGAAAAAAAGAAACGAAGGCACAGGACUAUCUUUACAAGCUACCAGUUGGAGGAGUUAGAAAAGGCUUUCAAAGAGGCUCAUUACCCGGAUGUUUACGCUAGAGAAAUGUUAUCUUUGAAAACUGACCUACCAGAGGAUCGAAUACAGGUUUGGUUUCAGAAUCGCCGGGCGAAGUGGCGAAAAACGGAGAAGUGCUGGGGUAAAAGUACCAUCAUGGCUGAAUAUGGACUUUACGGGGCAAUGGUCAGACACUCACUUCCUCUUCCAGAGAGUAUCCUGAAAGGCACUAAGGAAGGAGAACUUUCGUGCGCUCCUUGGUUGCUUGGCAUGCACCGGAAGUCCCAGGAAGCAGCCGACAAACUGAAGGACUCGAACAGAAGUUUGGACAAAGACGAAGAGGAGGAGAAGAGUCAGGAAGCCGAAGCUGGACCAGAACGAACACAGCAGAAUGUAGUUACCUCUAGCGGCGACUCCUCAUCUCUAGAAAGCAUGUCGAUAAAGGACAACAACCUUUCUAAUCCACUAUCGAAUAGGGAAGAACAGAGGUGUAACAGCAUAGCUACGCUCCGGGCUAAGGCUUUAGAGUACAGUGCCAAGAUUUUUGAUGAUGGAGAUACCAAUCAGAGGGAGUUCGAUCAACAAAGAGACUCUAACCAACCUGCUCGACAUGACUUGGCGUAUCAUAAACCUAAGCCUUCUGUUUCAAAUGCUACCUCGAAACCGUCACUUCAUUCCAUAACGUCUCUAUUUUGAUGAGAUAAGUCAGUAAAUUUUGCUUUUCGCAAAAGUCGAAAAGUUAUACAGUUAUCUUCUGUUGUACAUAAUAUCUAAACAUUAUGUAUAUGCUAAAUAACUGUAUACAAAAAUAUUAUACUUAAUGACUGUGUUUACCCCUAUGAUUUUCAUAGAAUACUGGCUGUGGCAACAAAGAACUUAAUAUGUUUGAUUCGUAAAAGAAAAAAGAGAAUGAAAUUCAUAAAAAGAAAACUAAAAAAAAAAAAGAAAAAAAUGUAGUUUUGAGUAAUUUAAAGUUAUUUCAGUAUUGUAGAAAAAUGUUGAGACGUAAUCUGUUCUUAAGAGUUUUAUGUAUAAAUAUAACAGUAAGAUAUUGUGAAUGUAAUAAAAAGAUGAAUGUAUUUGGAGGUUAUAUGAAUUUGUAGAAGUGUAUCCUCCGGUUCUCCCAUGGAUUAUGUUCAUAAUAGGUGUUAGGUUGUUAAAGAUAGAAAGCAUUUAUGCGGGUAUUUCAAUUGAGAGUGAAGAGCUUAAAUCAUUUUUGAUAAAUAAUGACUAAUAAAAUCACGUUAAUUACCGUUUUCAGAAUCUAAAAAAAAUUAGAUGAUUUGAUGCUUUUCUCCAUUUUAAAAAUUACUUACCACUGUUUGACAUUUUAGAUUAUACUGUUUUACGACACCUGGUGGCCAGAUAAUGUAUUAAGUUAACAUAUAAUUUAAUUUAUUUAAAAACAUUAAAUGCAGAGUCCUGAAUUUUUUUUAUGUCAGAUAAAUCCGCAAAUAUUGGUAUCAAUAAUGAAAUCAACAAAACAAAAAUAAAAUGCUCUCAUAAAUGUACAUUUUAUUUUCUCUGUUUCAAACGUUUGUAGUUAAACAAAAACGAUGUCAUAGAGUCCCCAAAUUACUAUAAAACUGACUCUCGUUUAGAGCAUUCGUUUUAUCUUCUCAUUUACUCUGGUUGAUUUUAUCUAUCGAAAUAAAUACAUUAAUUAAUUUAAUACACUAACUGGUAUUUUUUAAUGUAAAAGUACCUUUGAGUCAAGUUUGUAUGGAAAGAUACGAGAUUUUUACAAAGGGUUAUGCUGUUGUUCCAGGUGUCUGUUAAUUCAUGGGUAUUUCUUAAAAGCAACUGCUAUAUAAAAUUUCAGAUACCAGAAGCCAUUACGUUAUUCAGACACUACUGAAGUGAAUAAUGUGAUUGCAAUAGUGACAUAUUUGUUCAAAAUGAUAUAAAUGUUUAUUAUUCAAGCUUUAAUUUCUCUUUUAAGACUUUUCAUAAGAACAUAUUACAAAUGAAAACCCCUCCCCUCUCAGAAAUAAGAUUUUUAAUGUAUGUUGGUUUUGGUACGAGGCCUACAUCAAGUGCAAAACGAAAGCAGACAUAGUGUCGAAACAACUUGUCUAGAAAGGAAGGUUCCAGUGUUUUGAACAAUUUUACGAUAUGAAUACACAAGUUUUAUAGCUAUAUGAAAAUGUUUAGUGAUUAUAGAUAUUUGUUUACUAUAGGUUUGUAGCGAUGUAAAUUAAUCACUUGUGUAAUCUGGUAAUCAGAAUCAAGUUGCGUUUUAGAAUUUUUUCUUAAAUUUGAUACUAUCGAACAAGUUCCUUUACGUUUUCAUACGCACUUGCGUUUGUUAAGUAUACCAUUUUUAUUCAAGUAUCCUCGUAAUGCUGUUACAACAUUAGUAAUAUAAAAUCAAUCACUGAUGUAAAUGUUUUUAAUGAAUCACUACGUUUUUUGGACUAACUCUCAUAUCAAAUAAUGUUUUCGUAUCCAGAGUAAAAACCUUAAAUAGGGUUAUUCAAAUUCGAUGACGUGGAACCCACUUUGAGACUAAUAAUGGUUGGAGACGGCUU